GUAUAACAUGGAAUCGUAUUCGUAUUUGACAUUAGCAAGCAAAGCAAGGCAUGCAGUUAGCUAUAGGCAUCAUACAUGGAGAGGCUUGCUUAAUUUGCCUAAUAGAGAAGACAUCAUGAUCAUAAAUCAGCUUCUAAUAGUAAAUCUCUAUCAUAACCAGCUUCUAAUAUAUAAUCUCAACCAUUAUCAGCUUCAAAUUAAUAUUCUCCGAUCCAUGGGCUGUGUUUUGAGCUUCCUCCGGCGGCCAUCCCCUCCUAACAUAGCUAAUCGUAAAGAGAAGAAGACGCCAAUGAGAAAGUACCAAUACAUCCCCGAUAACUUCACAUCCCUCGAACAGGUAACAGCAGCGUUGAGGGAAUCGGGUUUGGAAUCUUCAAAUCUCAUAAUUGGUAUUGACUUCACGAAAAGUAACGAAUGGACGGGCAAAGAGUCAUUCAACAAUAAGAGCCUUCAUGCCAUUGAAGAAGAUGAUGAUAAUGAUCUUCAUCAACCCAAUCCUUAUGAGAAAGCUAUCUCUAUCAUAGGCAAAACCCUCGCUCCAUUUGAUGAAGACAAUUUGAUUCCCUGUUUUGGGUUUGGGGAUGGUAAAUAAUCAAGCUAUAUAUCAAAUUAUCAAUCAUAGGCAAUUAAUUUUAGCAGUGCGU